AUGCAGAAGACCCGUGACGUAAUUGCCAUAACUGCUUGGUUGGCUGUACGGCGCGUUUUUCCUGGCGUUACUAUCAAGGGUUGUGUGUUUCACUGGACACAGGCUGAUUGGCGAAAAGUCCAGGACCUUGGGUUAGUAACCACGUACAGACGUCGACAGGCACUGUACAACUACAUGAGGCAGCUGGUGGCGUUGCCCUUCCUACCAGCUGCACACAUACGGGAGACAUUUGCAGCAUUGAGAGACCGCGCGAACACUCCGCAGCUCGAUGCCCUCGUGACAUACAUGGAUCGUCAGUGGUUCCAGCACGUGCUGUUCAAUCCUGAACACUGGUCCAUAUUUAGGCGUUCAGUACGGACAAACAAUGAUGUCGAAGGUUGGCACCACAAGCUGAACACUACCGUUAGAUAUGGUGGCUGCUCCAUCUACGUUCUUGUACCAACCUUGAUGACUGAGGCAGAGAUCGUCGCUAUCGCAGUAGCUGCCGACGACCUGGAUCGUGAUGUCGCAACCAAAUACACCAAGUUGGAGGAAAAGAUACAAUCCCUGUGGGACAAAUACAUGGGGAAUGAAGUAUCCACAACACAUUUCUUAAAGUCCGUGUCCAGAUUGUACGGGCCGUCCGACGACAUGACGGCAGACUCAGUUGUCGGAUUGUCUGGGGAGUGAAGUGGAUAGUGUUAUCAAACAGACGAUGAAGUCUG